AUGCCUCCAAAAUUUGAACCUCCUGAUUGUGAAGGCUUUUUGCACCACGAUGAAGAAGAUGAUUUUGAUUUUGAAAUUGUAGAUUUUGAAACAACAGCCUCAUCCGAUGCAGAUAAAACAACAACCCAAAAGAAUUAUAAUUCCAAAGCAUCGCCAAACUCAAGAACUCCACCUAACAAAUCUAGGCUCACCAAACCUUCUAAUUAUCAUUCUCCAUUAUCAUCAGGGUCUGCUUUUAAUUUUAGUGGAGAAGGUGAGGAAGAAGAACGUUUUAAUUUAAUUGAUUAUUUGGAUCCAACACCUCGCCCUCUAGAGUCAUUCACGCAUCAUCACCAUGACUCUCCUUUGUAUCAUAUGCAUCAGGUUGAAGAUGAUGAUGAUUUUGCAGAUGAGAGAUCCCCACCAUUACAAUCAUCAAAUCGAAGGUCUUACACCCGACCCAUCCCUUCAUCGUCAUGCACAAAACAUCAAUCUAAAAGCUUUAAAAGAGAAAACAAUUUUAUUGAGAAUAGUAGUGAUAGCGAUGAUGAUGAAAAUCUUCCCGCAUCGUCACGAUUUUAUCAACAUGCUUCCCAACCAUUGAGACAUCAUAGAGCCAACCACAGGGCCAACCAUAGAAGAACUUCAUCAGCAGAUUUUGAGUCAAAUUCUCAUUUUUCAAGCAUCAACAUUAGUAUCAGUAAUAAUUCAUCACCUGUAACGAGCAAUGGAAAACAUCAUCAUAGAAACAAUAGCGAUAGUUACUUUUCUCAAGGUUGUAAUCAUUCUCACAUUUACAACUUAACUCCAAUUAGUUCAAGCCAUCAUGAGGAACCUCAUAUUUUUGAAAUUUAUUCUCAUUCUCUUCCUUCCACCUCUUUCAUUCAAAUUUUGAAUGAUCGUGCUUCAUGUGACAACAACAGAAGCUCUUCCCUUAAUAACAAUGGACCUGUUAAUCACAUUUCCAUCAGCACUGCCUCAAGUUUUCCGUCUCCAGCAGAAACUAGAAGAGGAAGAGGUCAUAAAAGGGUCUCUUCAGCAUCAAGCUUGUAUUUCACAUCUGCGGAUACACACCCUGAGCAACAUUCUGUUACCACACCCUCUGCUAAUAAUUCAGAACACAUACCGUAUACGAUAGAAGAGGUUGACGAUGAAACUAAAAAAGUUCCAGAUAUUCAUAUCACCUCAAAUGGAGAAGAAACAAACAUUAGACGAGGAUUUAGAAACAUGACUCCUCAAAGUAUUGAAACUAAGCAAGAGAGAAAUGUCAUUGCAAUUUUGUCAACAAGCCCAAAUGAAACACCAAACACACAUACCACUUUAUCCUCUAGAAGAUCUUCAAUAACAGGUGGUCAAAGGACAUCAGUCGUCGUUCAAAUGAUUAAAGUGAAGUGGAAUGAACCAGAAAUACAACCAGAAAAGAGAUUAUCUGAAAUAUAUACACAACGAAAAAAUAAUGGAAGAAGGCGAUCAAAAGCUUCUAACUCGAUUUCAAUUAGUGCAAAACAUAAAAGAGCAAAGACUCAACUGAAAAAGCGUUAUGUGGACAUUUGCACGCAAACUGAUGAUGCUGAUGGUCAACCUUUAGAAAAAGUUCAAGAACAAACUCCAAAAACAGAAAUUACUUAUAGUUCAGAUAAUGAAGAAACAUCUGGAGAAAUUACAGAUACAGAACAUAGUAGCACAACCUCAAACGAAGAAAAGAUACCUCAAGAUAUUACGCUUCAAGAGGAUGAUUUUACACUUCAGCCUUCUCAGCAAGAUGGAGAAGACAUAUCAUCAAUAACUUUUCCAAUGACAUUUGUUGUCACAAAAACCUAUAACAAUAGCCAUAGUAAUUCACAUUCACCAUCAACACCAUUGACGUCAAGAUCAACUGUGAUACAAAUUCCAAGUUUAACAGUAGAUACUUUCAAUCCAGAGCAAUACUUUAGCGAUUAUACCUAUACGGACAAUCAUGAAGAAAACAAGGUAUCAUUAUUGGAAUGGUUUGAAAAGAAUGUUGACGAUUCUAAAGAUGCUCUCAACGAUGUCAAACGCAAAAUUUUGGAUCAAAAAACUGGCCAAAAUUAUGAAGGUCAGAUUGAUGUAAAUGCCUUAAUUUUGAAAUAUAGAGAUAUGGAGGGAGAAUUGAUUACCAUCAGAUCUACAGAAGAGUUGAAAACAGCAAUUCAAGAUUACCUUACAGCAAAGAAGACUAAGGCUAGUGGUGUAAAGAUUGAAGAUAUUAGCGAAGGCGAACAAAAUGAACCAGCGUUUGAGUUAGAGGCUCAUGUAGAUGAAUCACAACUUGAUAAUGAUGACGUAGAUUCUGAAGCCAGUUCGUUAUCAAUAUCCAUUCUUGGUCAGGACUUGGAGCCAUUUGUAAUGUUGGCGACCAACUUUGCAAACGAGAGAAUGAAUAUUUUUGUAGAAACUCAAUCGCCGCUCGUAAUUGUUCAACAGAUACAGCCAUCUCAUAGCAGCAAUCAUGGCAUGUAUUUUGUGUCACCUCCACAUACCUAUGGACAAAAUUCUCAUCAUAACUUCCAUCACUAUAACGAUAACAACCACCAUCACCAUCAUCAUCACUCCAUAUCACCUCCCUACCAUUCCUAUCACCCUCACACUCACAGCCUAAAGAAAUCAGGUUUGCACAAAAGCUUCUCUGAAGAUGAUAUUUUCAAACAACCUGAAAAGAAGAUCACAACACAUGAAGAAUAUCAAAUUAAGGAUGAAAGAUCAAGUCAAACACCAACCAGUAUAAUGUCUACUCAUGAGCAGCAGAAAGCACUUUGGUAUAGAGAUAUUUAUCAUUUUAGUUCAUUAUAUUGUCCAACAUUCGAAGAGCAAAAACAUUUAUUUGAUACAACACAAAUAGGAAAAGAACUUGGAAAAGGAGGUUUUUCAGUGGUUUAUAGCGCCAUUCAUAUCAUCACGGGUCAAAAUUUUGCUCUUAAGAUUUGCUACUUGGAAAAACUUAAACACAUGUACAAGAGUGAAAAAUCUGAUGUUGUAUUUGCCCGUAUUGUGAAUGAAAUUAAGAUUUUAGAAGAUAUUGGAGAUCAUCCUAAUAUUGUGAAAUUUAUUGCAAGUGAUUUAUUCAAAUUUACAAGACUUUGCGAUGAAGAUCGUGACAAGUACAACAACGGAAGUAUUUCUAUGAUCAUGGAGCUCGUGCAUGGUGAUACACUACAUAAGGUUGUUCGAGAUAGUGCGAUUGGAAGAUUACACGAAAAUAUUGUGAGAAUUUACGCCAAACAAAUUGUGGAAGCUCUUGCAUAUUUGCAUGGAAAAGAUAUUAUUCACGGAGACAUUUCUCCCUCAAACAUUAUGAUUGAUCGUUGGGGAAUUCCCAAGCUGAUUGACUUUGGGCUUUCACGAAAGAUAAAUUCGCCUCAAAUUGGAGAAAAGACUAUUACCGGAACGUGUAUGUAUAUAGCGCCCGAAGUCAUGUCGCAACUUCAGAGCAGUACUGCCUCAGACAUUUUCUCGUUUGGUUGCAUUGUUUUAGAAGCAUUAACUGGAAGAAGACCUUAUCCUGAGCUAGAAUCACUUCAAGAGCCCUUGCAGGUAUUUUUCCACAUUCUCAAGAACCAAAAAUCGCCAGAAAUAACAGAAUCAGAAGCUUCCACAUAUUCAAUAUCCAAAGAAGCGUUAGAUUUUCUGUCCAAAUGUCUCUGCUGGAACCCAACAGAUCGAUCCACUGCAAAGCAAUUAUUACAACAUCCAUUUUUAAUUCCAAUGACACGAGAAGAGGUGAAAAGGUCUCUAUUGACUACCAACUUUAAAAUACAAGAACAAACUCAAAUUGAUGCAAAACUUACUGGAACAACCACAAAUGCUACUUCAAAAGGAGCAGUGGUCUCAAAUGAAUCUGAAGACUUUUCAACGGAUUCUGAUGAAGAUGUUGACGACGACGAGGACUUGUUUGAUGAUGACGAGGAUGAUCAUGAGGAAAGUUCUUAG